GAACACCCCCCUGUGCGUCUUACGUCAUACGUCAUCACGUAGCCGUUAUGCGCUCCUGGAUUUAAAAGUGGAGUCGCGAGGUUUUCUACGAGCAUCUACCCUGCUGAAGUGUCCUUGAGUCUCUUAGAGGACGGUAGCUGCUCCUCCAUCCUCCAUCCUCCAUCCAUGAAGUGAUCAAAAACCCAAAAAUUGCAAAUUUUCAACUCCAGACAUGAACUGGGACAAUCAGCUGAGCUCUAUCCUGCAGGUGACAGAUGGCAGCAUUGCAAAGAUGAGGGAGAGACUGACGUUGCCGGGGAAAUUCACCAAAGGAGGUGAAGAUACGUUUCCAGUAAGAGAGAGGAUUCAUGAGUCAGAUCUGGAACCCCCUGCUCUUCCUCCUAGAGCUCCCAUCCAGCGACACCCUUCCCCAUCACUCAGUCCCGGUGUUCAGUGGGCGGACUUAUCUGCUAUCCAGUCGCAACUCCACAUACAGAGCCAGGCAAUUGAGUCUCUCACCAAGAAACUUCAUGACGUGGAAAGGGAGAGACAUUCUCAACAGUGUCUCAUCCAAACACUACAAGACGAGGUCCACAUGCUGAGGGAGAGGGAAAGAGAGAGGGACGACUCGAGGAGGGGACAGAGUCCAGGAGCAGAGAGGAGGAUGGAGCAGUGGAAGAGAGAGGUUGGACGUGAGCUGAGCACUCUGCGGGGACACAUCACCAGAGCCACGUCGCUAGGCAACCUGGAGGAGAGUUUCAGCUCAAAGCUCCGCCGAGAAGAGCUUGAACACCUGCGGCGAGAGGUGGACCUGCUGAAAACACAACAAAGGAGACAGCAGGAGGACCUGUUCCUCCAGCAGGCAGAGGCCAGAGAAACCACGAGACAGUACGAACACAGCUGCAAGACACUGGAGGAGCUGACAGACAGCUACAGAACUCACAGCACUGAUCUGACAAAGACUGUCUCUCAGUAUUUGCACACACAAGAAGAGGUCCGACAAAUCAGAUCAACUGUGUCAGAGCUGAAGGAGGAGCUCAGGAGACUCAUUCUCCGAGAACGUCAACCAACGCCUUUGCUGUCAGCACACACAUCAGGAGCAUCGCCACUCCCACCCCCUCACAGCCACACCAGAGUGGUCAGAGCUGAAGAGGCAGACUCUGACUCAGAAGACUUUAGUCCAACCCCGAGCCUGGCCGAGGUCAGCUCAGAUGAUCUGUCCUGGCUGGAAGACAAAGACUCCGCUCUUCACCAGAAGCCCCGUGUACGUCUGAGCGUCCAGUCCAGACGGAGCGACUUUGCCGGUCCAGGAUCAGAUCUGGAGGAUGAUGAUGAUGAUGAUGACGAUGGUGAAGAUUUCCUCGGUGACGAUGCAAACCCAGAUUUAGGAUCUGACUUGAGUCUUGAUGAUCUCUGACCUUGUUGUUUUUUUGUUGUUUUUUUGUUUGUUCGUUUGUUUUUAAAAAGGUGACGUCUGUAAUGCAACAUGAAGACAUUUCUUCCAUUUUUUUCCCGACACAUUACCUUGAGAUGUAUUAUUAAUUUUAAAUUAAUUUGAUUUGAUCCUGAGGGAAGGGAAAAGGAAUCAAAUUCAGCAGCAGGCUUAGCAUGACAACAGAAGCACAUACGUAUAACUGAGUAAAUAAGUCAUCAUACUUAGUGUUAUUACUGUUGCUUAAUAGAUCUGCUUUAUGAAACAUAAUUCAUACAAUUAGGGGAAACUUUGUGACUAAUCUGGGAAAUUCUUAAAAGCUAAACGGUUAUUUGAAAAUACCAGAAGUGUCACAGGCUCUGGACAGGUCACGCUACAGAUCUAUAGAUCACUUUUUUUCUCCCCAGUUGCUUAUUAUUCAAAUAGACACGCAUCUAAUAUACAACUAUCUGCACCCAUGUCAUGCACCCAACCUCCCCCCACGACCACAGUGUGCUGUAACAAACCACCACAAGUAUUCAGCUAAUGCCUCUUUGUUUAAAGCUCUAUUCAUCAAAGCUUU